AUGGCAGUCAUGGCACGCUUGGCACCAGAUGGAGCUCAAUUUGAUGCUCGUCAAUUUGAUUCUAAGAUGAACGAUUUACUUGCCGCUGAGGGAAAAGAUUUCUUUACUUCAUAUGACGAGGUUUAUGACAGUUUUGAUGCUAUGGGUCUGCAAGAGAACCUUCUCAGGGGAAUUUAUGCUUAUGGUUUUGAGAAACCAUCUGCAAUUCAGCAAAGGGGUAUCGUACCAUUUUGCAAGGGACUUGAUGUAAUUCAGCAAGCUCAAUCUGGCACGGGGAAGACAGCUACUUUUUGUUCUGGAAUUUUGCAGCAACUUGAUUAUGGUUUAGUUCAAUGCCAAGCGUUGGUGUUGGCACCUACUCGCGAACUUGCACAGCAGAUUGAAAAGGUAAUGCGAGCACUUGGUGACUAUCUUGGGGUUAAGGUCCAUGCUUGUGUAGGUGGAACUAGUGUCAGGGAGGAUCAACGUAUUCUUACAGCUGGUGUUCAUGUUGUUGUUGGCACCCCUGGACGUGUGUUUGACAUGUUGCGAAGACAGUCUCUCCGUCCUGAUUGCCUCAGAAUGUUUGUGCUAGACGAGGCUGAUGAAAUGCUGUCACGAGGUUUUAAGGAUCAGAUAUAUGAUAUUUUCCAGAUGCUGCCCGCCAAAGUUCAAGUCGGUGUGUUUUCUGCGACCAUGCCACCAGAAGCCCUUGACAUCACAAGAAAGUUCAUGAAUAAGCCCGUGAGAAUCUUGGUUAAACGCGAUGAAUUGACACUUGAGGGUAUCAAACAGUUCUAUGUCAAUGUUGAUAAGGAGGAAUGGAAGCUUGAGACGCUAUGCGAUCUAUACGAGACACUUGCCAUCACUCAGAGCGUUAUCUUUGUGAACACUAGGCGCAAGGUCGAUUGGUUAACGGACAAAAUGCGAAGCCGUGACCACACUGUCUCAGCUACACAUGGAGAUAUGGACCAGAACACUAGGGACAUAAUCAUGCGUGAGUUUCGCUCUGGUUCUUCCCGUGUCCUUAUCACAACUGAUCUAUUGGCUCGUGGUAUCGAUGUACAACAAGUAUCCCUUGUUAUCAACUAUGAUCUCCCAACUCAGCCGGAGAAUUAUCUCCAUCGUAUUGGAAGAAGUGGGAGGUUCGGAAGGAAAGGAGUUGCAAUCAACUUUGUGACAACAGACGACGAAAGAAUGUUGUUUGAUAUUCAAAAAUUCUACAAUGUGGUCAUCGAAGAACUCCCUUCAAACGUUGCUGACCUCCUCUGAAAACUUUAUCUUAAUGAGGUGUGUAAGAACAGAAUUUUUCCAAGCUUAUAGUAUAGAAUCUUUUAUAACUACCAUUAUUAUCUAGCGUCAAAAACGCACCCGUGGCAUUAAUGCUGCUCCGAAUUUUGCAGUCAGUAUGUUGUAAGGUCUUGGUUUUAUUUCAUUUCAAAAUUCUUAUA